AUGUUAUCUGAAUAUACAGAAAAACAAAUCGAAGGAGUUCGAAAAAUCCAACGAUUAUGGCGUCGUUAUGUUGAUAUUCAAGUCUUUCGUUUCUAUCGUGAUUUAAUUCAUUUUCAUAAUAAUGGUGAUCCACAAAUUUUAAUGCGUACAAUAAAUCCAAAUGAAUCAAAAUAUAUUGAUUCAGCAGCUGGUAUUCGUAUACGUUUUCGUUUAGCUGGUGAACGUUUUCCACCAACUAUUUAUUAUAAAAUUUAUACAAAUCGACCUAUACAAGAUUUAGGUGCAAUUGCACCAAGAGAUUAUACUCGUCCGUAUUUAAAAUUACCAAGUCCAGUUGAUAUAAAUAAUCGAUUAAAUCGUUUUCCACAACAAGAUAAAGAAGGAUGGUAUCGUCGAAUUGAAAAUAAUGGUUGGAGACCAGUUGCUUAUACACAUUUAUUACAAGCUAAUACGGAUCAAUAUUAUAGUUCAAAUCAAUAUAAAAAAAGUAUACCAUUUCCACAUUCUAAAAUGCAGCGUCGGCAAGAUGUUGAACGUAGACGAAAAGAAAAGAAAUUAGAAUGGCUUCAAAAAAUGUAUCAAACUGGAACGCUUAGUGGAGAAAAUAAUGAGGAAAUAACCGAUGAUGGACAUGACAAUGAAAUGUCUCGUCUUAUUAAUGAAACAACAACAAGUAUAUUAAAAAUGUAUAAUACAUACGGUGCAGAUGCAGUUCAAGAAUGGGAAGUUAAUGAUUUACUUGAUUGGACACAUAAUCUUAAUUAUGAUGAUUAUUUAUAUGAUUGGAGAACCAUUGGUACUAGUGCUUCAUCCAAUUUUAUUCAAGAUAAUCCCACGCGACAACGACAAAUGCGUGAUAUUGAUGAUCGAACAACUUCAACUUUAACUGAAUCAAGACAUGUAUCUGUGCAAGUAAAUGUACCAACUGUUGGUUCGUUACGUGUUUUACCAAAUGUUGAUAGUGAACCAAGUUUUGGCCAUACAACAACAACAGCACGAUCACAAUCGGGUAGUGAGCAUAAAAAAUUAGUUUAA